AUGGAAGGCUACUACGACCCUCAUUUCGGUCAACAUUAUUAUGUUCCAGGAGUUUACCUCGGCUCCGAGGAAUACUACUUAGUCCGAAAUGCCUCUCAGUUCCACAAGACGGCUUCCAUCAAGAUAUCUGCAGACACAGGUCAGAAAUACACCCGUGAGCUGUUCGCCACCCUGCCAGGGAGAUCCAAAGAAACAAUUAUUAUCGAUUCCCACACGGAUGGUGCUACAUGGGUCCAGGAAAAUGGGGUUGCUGGAUUGCUCGCCCUUGCGAAAUACUUUGCAGCCCAGCCGAUGUCAUCCCCUGAUCGAGCCAAGACUCUAAAAUUCGCCUUCACGUCAGGGCAUCUGACCUACAGCAGAGAUGGUUCCAUCCCUUACGCCAAGAAGCUCGAUGAAGAAUACGAUAACGGGGAUAAUUCGUUGGUCAUCGUUCUUGAGCAUAUGGGAGCUCGGGAGAUUCUGCCCUCACCAGCUCCAAAGGGCCAAUAUGGGCGUGUCUUGAACUUCACCGGCAGAAGCGAGUCCACCCUCUGGAGCGUUGGGCCUACAAAUGCAGUCGUAGAUCUAGUCAGUGCAGCUAUCAAAGAGCGCAAUCUGGACGGCUUCAUUGUAACGCCUGGUAACCCACCCAAAAACACUUCCCAGAUCCCGUACUAUGCUUCUCAGGGCGGGAUCGGAACAACAUACCAUGACUAUCUGAUUCCCACGACGUCGAUUAUUUCCGGACCGUGGAGUCUCUGGGCGCCAUCUUUCGGAGAGUCGGCGAUUGAGUUCUCUCGGCUGCGGACCGAGUUGAUGGUUGUUGCUGAUGUUGUGCUUAGUCUUGCUCCUUUCUCGAAGGCUGGGAUUGCGGGAGAAUAUUCUGAAUACAGGGAAAUGCGAGCGAACGGGUUUCCUUGGAAGGAGCCCAAGUGGGAAACCCAAUACCCACCAGGACCGCGAGGGUGA